GUCUUGCGCCGCGGCCGCGAGAUCCGUGUGUCUCCCAAGAUGGUGGCGCUGGGCUCGGGGUGACUACAGGAGACGACAGGGCCUUUUCCCUUCGCCAGGACCCGACACACCAGGCUUCGCUCGCUCGCGCAACCCUCCGCCGCGUAGCCAUCCGCCAGCGCGGGCGCCCGCCAUCUGCCGCCUACUUACGCUUCACCUCUGCCGACCCGGCGCGCUCAGCUGCGGGCGGCGGCGCCUCCUUCGGCUCCUCCUCGGAAUAGCUCGCGGCCUGUAGCCCCUGGCAGGAGGGCCCCUCAGCCCCCCGGUGUGGACAGGCAGCGGCGGCUGGCGACGAACGCCGGGAUUUCGGCGGCUCCGCCGCUCCCUUUCCCGGCCUCGUUUUCCGGAUAAGGAAGCGCGGGUCCCGCAUGAGCCCCGGCGGUGGCGGCAGCGAAAGAGAACGAGGCGGUGGCGGGCGGAGGCGGCGGGCGAGGGCGACUACGACCAGUGAGGCGGCCGCCGCAGCCCAGGCGCGGGGGCGACGACAGAGGGGAGGUAUGGUGUCAAGAAAACAUAGUCACCAUUAUUAUGAAAAUUAAAAUAUGGAAGAGAUGAUCCCUACCAUCAAUCAGCUUACAACUAGAGGCACUGACAAAUGUAUACAGAUAGCUGUAAUGUAAGGUUAAAAAUCUGUAAGAGCCUGAUUUUAGAAUUCACCAGCUCCUCAGAAGUUUGGCGAAAUAUGAGUUAUUAAGCCUACGCUCAGAUCAAGGUAGCAGCUAGACUGGUGUGACAACCUGUUUUUAAUCAGUGACUCAAAGCUGUGAUCACCCUGAUGUCACCGAAUGGCCACAGCUUGUAAAAGAUCAGGAGAACCUCAGUCUGACGACAUUGAAGCUAGCCGAAUGAAGCGAGCAGCUGCAAAGCAUCUAAUAGAACGCUACUACCACCAGUUAACUGAGGGCUGUGGAAAUGAAGCCUGCACGAAUGAGUUUUGUGCUUCCUGUCCAACUUUUCUUCGUAUGGAUAAUAAUGCAGCAGCUAUUAAAGCCCUCGAGCUUUAUAAGAUUAAUGCAAAACUCUGUGAUCCUCAUCCCUCCAAGAAAGGAGCAAGCUCAGCUUACCUUGAGAACUCGAAAGGUGCCCCCAACAACUCCUGCUCUGAGAUAAAAAUGAACAAGAAAGGCGCUAGAAUUGAUUUUAAAGAUGUGACUUACUUAACAGAAGAGAAGGUAUAUGAAAUUCUUGAAUUAUGUAGAGAAAGAGAGGAUUAUUCCCCUUUAAUCCGUGUUAUUGGAAGAGUUUUUUCUAGUGCUGAGGCAUUGGUACAGAGCUUCCGGAAAGUUAAACAACACACCAAGGAAGAACUAAAAUCUCUUCAAGCAAAAGAUGAAGACAAGGAUGAAGAUGAAAAGGAAAAAGCUGCAUGUUCUGCUGCUGCUAUGGAAGAAGACUCGGAAGCAUCUUCCUCAAGGAUAGGUGAUAGCUCACAGGGAGAUAACAAUUUGCAAAAAUUAGGCCCUGAUGAUGUAUCUGUGGAUAUUGAUGCCAUUAGAAGGGUCUACACCAGAUUGCUCUCUAAUGAAAAAAUUGAAACUGCCUUUCUCAAUGCACUUGUAUAUUUGUCACCUAACGUGGAAUGUGACUUGACGUAUCACAAUGUAUACUCUCGAGAUCCCAAUUAUCUGAAUUUGUUCAUUAUCGUAAUGGAGAAUAGAAAUCUCCACAGUCCUGAAUAUCUGGAAAUGGCUUUGCCAUUAUUUUGCAAAGCGAUGAGCAAGCUACCCCUUGCAGCCCAAGGAAAACUGAUCAGACUGUGGUCUAAAUACAAUGCAGACCAGAUUCGGAGAAUGAUGGAGACAUUUCAGCAACUUAUUACUUACAAAGUCAUAAGCAAUGAAUUUAACAGUCGAAAUCUAGUGAAUGAUGAUGAUGCCAUUGUUGCUGCUUCGAAGUGCUUGAAAAUGGUUUACUAUGCAAAUGUAGUGGGAGGGGAAGUGGACACAAAUCACAAUGAAGAAGAUGAUGAAGAGCCCAUCCCUGAGUCCAGCGAGCUGACACUUCAGGAGCUUUUGGGAGAAGAAAGAAGAAACAAGAAAGGUCCUCGAGUGGACCCCCUGGAAACUGAACUUGGUGUUAAAACCCUGGAUUGUCGAAAACCACUUAUCCCUUUUGAAGAGUUUAUUAAUGAACCACUGAAUGAGGUUCUAGAAAUGGAUAAAGAUUAUACUUUUUUCAAAGUAGAAACAGAGAACAAAUUCUCUUUUAUGACAUGUCCCUUUAUAUUGAAUGCUGUCACAAAGAAUUUGGGAUUAUAUUAUGACAAUAGAAUUCGCAUGUACAGUGAACGAAGAAUCACUGUUCUCUACAGCUUAGUUCAAGGACAGCAGUUGAAUCCAUAUUUGAGACUCAAAGUUAGACGUGACCAUAUCAUAGAUGAUGCACUUGUCCGGCUAGAGAUGAUCGCUAUGGAAAAUCCUGCAGACUUGAAGAAGCAGUUGUAUGUGGAAUUUGAAGGAGAACAAGGAGUUGAUGAGGGAGGUGUUUCCAAAGAAUUUUUUCAGCUGGUUGUGGAGGAAAUCUUCAAUCCAGAUAUUGGUAUGUUCACAUACGAUGAAUCUACAAAAUUGUUUUGGUUUAAUCCAUCUUCUUUUGAAACUGAGGGUCAGUUUACUCUGAUUGGCAUAGUACUGGGUCUGGCUAUUUACAAUAACUGUAUACUGGAUGUACAUUUUCCCAUGGUUGUCUACAGGAAGCUAAUGGGGAAAAAAGGAACUUUUCGUGACUUGGGAGACUCUCACCCAGUUCUGUAUCAGAGUUUAAAAGAUUUAUUGGAGUAUGAAGGGAAUGUGGAAGAUGACAUGAUGAUCACUUUCCAGAUAUCACAGACAGAUCUUUUUGGUAACCCAAUGAUGUAUGAUCUAAAGGAAAAUGGUGAUAAAAUUCCAAUUACAAAUGAAAACAGGAAGGAAUUUGUCAAUCUUUAUUCUGACUACAUUCUCAAUAAAUCAGUAGAAAAACAGUUCAAGGCUUUUCGGAGAGGUUUUCAUAUGGUGACCAAUGAAUCUCCCUUAAAGUACUUAUUCAGACCAGAAGAAAUUGAAUUGCUUAUAUGUGGAAGCCGGAAUCUAGAUUUCCAAGCACUAGAAGAAACUACAGAAUAUGACGGUGGCUAUACCAGGGACUCUGUUCUGAUUAGGGAGUUCUGGGAAAUCGUCCAUUCAUUUACAGAUGAACAGAAAAGACUCUUCUUGCAGUUUACAACGGGCACAGACAGAGCACCUGUGGGAGGACUAGGAAAAUUAAAGAUGAUUAUAGCCAAAAAUGGCCCAGACACAGAAAGGUUACCUACAUCUCAUACUUGCUUUAAUGUGCUUUUACUUCCGGAAUAUUCAAGCAAAGAAAAACUUAAAGAGAGAUUGUUGAAGGCCAUCACGUAUGCCAAAGGAUUUGGCAUGCUGUAAAACAAAACAAAAUAAAACAAAAAAAGGAAGAAAAAAAAGAAAAAAUUUAAAAAAUUUUAAAAAUAUAACGAGGGAUAAAUUUUUGGUGGUGAUAGUGUCCCAGUACAAAAAGGCUGUAAGAUAGUGAACCACAGUAGUCACCUGUGUCUGUGCCUCCCUUCUUUAUUGGGGACGUGUGGGCUGGAACAGCAGAUUUCAGCUACAUAUAUGAACAAAUCCUUUAUUAUUAUUAUAAUUAUUUUUUUGCGUGAAAGUGUUACAUAUUCUUUCACUUGUAUGUACAGAGAGGUUUUUCUGAAUAUUUAUUUUAAGGGUUAAAUCACUUUUGCUUGUGUUUAUUACUGCUUGAGGUUGAGCCUUUUGAGUAUUUAAAAAAUAUAUACCAACAGAACUACUCUCCCAAGGAAAAUAUUGCCACCAUUUGUAGACCACGUAACCUUCAAGUAUGUGCUACUUUUUUGUCCCUGUAUCUAACUCAAAUCAGGAACUGUAUUUUUUUUUAAUGAUUUGCUUUUGAAACUUGAAGUCUUGAAAACAGUGUGAUGCAAUUACUGCUGUUCUAGCCCCCAAAGAAAGAGUUUUCUGUGCAAAAUCAUCUUGAGAAUCAAUAAAGAUGGAAGGGAGAAAUUGGAAUGUUUUAACUGCAGCCCUCAGAACUUUAGUAACAGCACAACAAAUUAAAAAACAAACAACUCAUGCCACAGUAUGUCGUCUUCAUGUGUCUUGCAAUGAACUGUUUCAGUAGCCAAUCCUCUUUCUUAGUAUAUGAAAGGACAGGGAUUUUUGUUCUUGUUGUUCUUGUUGUUAUUUUAAGUUUACUGGGGAAAGUGCAUUUGGCCAAAUGAAACGGUAGUCAAGCCUAUUGCAACAAAGUUAGGAAGUUUGUUGUUUAUUAUAAACAAAAAGCAUGUGAAAGUGCACUUAAGAUAGAGUUUUUAUUAAUUACUUAUUACCUAGAUUUUAAAUAGACAGACAAUCCAAAGUCUCCCCUUCGUGUUGCCAUCAUCUUGUUGAAUCAGCCAUUUUAUCGAGGCACGUGAUCAGUGUUGCAACAUAAUGAAAAAGAUGGCUACUGUGCCUUGUGUUACUUAAUCAUACAGUAAGCAAGCUGAGCUGGAAAUGAAUGAAACUGUUACUCCUAAGAAUUACAUUGUAUAGCCCCACAGGUUAAAUUUAAUUCAAAACAUGUUAAACAAACAUUACUUUCAUGUACUAUGGAAAAGUACAAGUAGGUUUACAUUACUGAUUUCCAGAAGUAAGUAGUUUCCCCUUUCCUAGUCUUCUGUGUAUGUGAUGUUAAUUAUUUCUUUUAUUGCAUUAUAAAAUAAAAGGAUUAUGUAUUUUUAACUAAGGUGAGACAUUGAUAUAUCCUUUUGCUACAAGCUAUAGCUAAUGUGCUGAGCUUGUGCCUUGGUGAUUGUUUUAACUGAUUGAUUACUGUAGAUCAAUCUGAUGAUUUGUUUGAAAUUGGCAGGAAAAAUGCAGCUUUCAAAUCAUUGGGGGGAGAAAAAGGAUGUCUUUCAGGAUUAUUUUAAUUUUUUUCAUAAUUGAGACAGAACUGUUAUGUACCAUAAUGCUAAAUAAAACUGUGGCACUUUUCACCAUAAUUUAGUGGAAAAAGAAGACAAUGCUUUCCAUAUUGUGAUAAGGUAACAUGGGGUUUUUCUGGGCCAGCCUUUAGAACACUGUUAAGGUACGUACGCUACCUUGAUGAAAGGGACCUUCGUGCAACUGUAGUCAUCUUAAAGGCUUCUCAUCCACUGUGCUUCUUAAUGUGUAAUUAAAGUGAGAAGAAAUUAAAUACUCUGAGGGCGUUUUAUAUAAUAAAUUCGUGAAGAAAUGUGUGCUCUUCA